AUGGGUCGAUAUGCUGUGUUGGUGACCGGUCCAGCGGGCAGCGGCAAAUCGACCCUAUGCACUUCCCUCUUGACGCACGCCCAAACCACGGGUAGAAAUUUACACCUGUUCAAUCUGGAUCCUGCAGCCGAAAACUUCGAAUUCAAACCCACCGUGGACAUCAGAGAUCUGAUCGGAUUAGAAGAUGUCAUGGAGGAGAUGCAAUUGGGGCCUAAUGGAGGGCUGGUGUAUUGCUUCGAAUACUUGCUAGAGAAUCUCGACUGGCUGGACGAGCAGCUGGGUGCCUUUGAGGAUGAUUACCUCAUCAUCGAUUGUCCAGGUCAAAUCGAAUUGUACACGCACACGCCUCUCAUGACGCGCUUGUUGACAACGCUGCAGCAGACCUACCAAUUCCGCCUAUGCUCCCUCUACCUCGUCGAGUCCAAUUUUAUCGACGACGUCAACAAAUUCUUUGCAGGAACGUUGAGCGCUAUGAGCAGCAUGAUCAACCUGGACUGCAGUCACAUCAAUGUCAUGAGCAAAAUGGAUUUGGUCAAGAGGGGAGAGACCGCUCAGAGGACCAAAGGCGGCAAGAACAAGAGGGAGCUUGACAGAUAUCUCGACCCCGAUCCUCUACUUCUCAUGGAAGAAGCCAACGCCUCAUCCAAUCCCAAGUUUCAUGCCUUGAACGAGGCGAUAGUUCAGUUGAUCGACGACUUUUCGAUGGUCUCCUUUAUGCCGUUGGACGCGACAGACGAAGACUCCGUGGGCUCGCUCCUCAGUCACAUCGAUCACGCGAUGCAGUACGGGGAAGACGAGGAACCCAAGGAGCCAAAGGAUAUGGACAUGGGCGAUUUCGAGGAUGCGUGAGCUACAACAGCGUCGCACUUCAGACCUCUUGCCGCGUCGUCCACAGGAUGAGCGCGUCUGGCUCGAAAUUAUAGCGGCGCGCGUGCCGGCUCUCGACGUCUUGGCAACGAUCCAUGAUCUGCAAGGCUGCCAAACUCGUCAAGGGCGUGGGAAUGCGGCGAACCCGAAGCAACACGUGUUGCUCUCAACAACUUGCUCGCGCGUUGCAGUAUCGCAUCAAGACGGGCAGGAACGCGUCUCUCGUCGAGGCUUCAUCUGGCACUCGAGCACAGCUUACCAGGUGGCUGGGGCAACCCUACUCUGCAUUCGUGUACCAACAGCCUCGACUCAAAACCCUUGCUCAGCAUCGACGAGUGACAUCAUGUAGAACACCACGCAAUCACCACACGCUCUAGACACCCCACAUCACCUGCGGUGGCACGCGCACGUUUUCGACUACGC